AUCUCCCUUUACCAAAAACAAACACAGAUCCUCAUCCUGUGUAUUGUCUUCCCCAUCACCGCCUCAUUAUCAAUCUUCAUUUUUGCUUCUCUUCACCAUCACCACCUCCAUUGUCAAUACUCAAUAUUAUUACAAUAGGAUUGUGGGUCUGCUCAACAUGAACACCAAUAGAAGGUUUUGUGAAAGGGGAAGAGUUAAACCUUGAGUUUUAAAUUGAACGUGAAUCGAACUCAUAACUUCGAAAUUAACUCUAACUGGUUCUUCCAUAGCCUCUGCUCGCAAAUGGAUGAAUAAAUUUCGAAAUUUUGCAGUCCAAUUUUGAAUGAAUUUUGAAUAAAUUUCUUAAUUUGUUGUAUUUGAAGGGAUUGGUGAACUGUGAGUGGUGGUGAUUCGAUGAGUUAAGGUAGCCAUGAUUUUGUAAAUGGUGUUUCUAUGGUGAUGGUGGAUUGGUGGGUGGGGCGAUGGAGAAGAAGACAACCAUGAUUUUGACUCAUCAAUGCCAGGGACCAAAAACAAAGUUUUUCAAAGUGCAAGGACUAAUACCAAACAAAAGAAAUUGCAAGGACUGAAACCAAAAUAUGCUACAACUGCAGGGACUAGUAACAUAUUUAAGCCCUUUUAUUUCUAGGUCCGCAGGUUAUAUAUCAUGUGGUUGUAUUUAUCCCUCACCAAUUCCAUUCCAAGGUGGGUAUGGGUAGGUGUGGCUUCACCUGCCAUUAACAGUCUCCAGUGCAAGUCAGUGUAACAAGUCAAAGCCCCUCAUCUACCCAUUUCUUUUGAUAAAGAAAUCACACCAAAACAAUGUUACUUUUUAUGUUGUUCCACCUCACACACAACAAAAUCAUCAAACUUUAAUUGUCCAUUUCAAUUAUGAUUUGUUGUUGCCUUCAAAAUCUCCAAUUCCUUGUUUCCCUAAAAGGUAGGUGGUGGCUGCUUACCUAUAUUCUCUUGGGUAUCAUAUUAUAAAAGUGCUUAAACACACUAAAUCACCCUUUUAAACACACUACAAAAUCAUAAGUCAGAAACAUUUUUUGUAACACUUUUCUUUGGUUACUCUCCUUUGAUCAUUAUAAUUAUGCUCAUGUAACUCAACGGUUUUACAAGUCGAAUUUACGAAUUGAUUCUACUUAGACAAAACGAGCUGAGGUAAAACCCCGAGUCUAAUAACCUUGAUGAAGACCAUAAUGGCAGCGAAAUCACCACACGACUCUUCAUUCUCCUUCUCUAGAAGAUAUUUCCAUUGGAAAAAGAAGGCUUUGGAUGAGGAUGAUGAAGAAGAAAUCCUCAACAUAAGUUCAUCAUCACAUUUUCCUGAGGAUGAUGACGAAGAUGUUGGCGGUGAGAAUGACGAGGAUCAUCCUCAACAUCACUAUAAUAACCUUAGAAUCAAAAUUCCAGUAGAAAUUGCUGCUCUUGAAAAGAAGAAGAAUUCAAAGUCAAAAUUUAAGUCAGCAAUAACAAUUCUUACUAAGAAUCGUUCACUUCACAAUUCUAGCCCCCUUGGAACACGUAUGGUGGGUACCCUUUUCGGCUACCGUCGUGGACAUGUCCAUUUCGCAUUCCAAGAGGAUUCAAAGUUAAGCCCUGUAUUCUUGAUUGAGCUAGCAACACCAACAAGUGUUUUGGUUAGGGAAAUGGCUUCUGGGGUGGUGAGAAUUGCAUUGGAGUGUGAGAAGAAGUUAGGAGGAGGGAGAAAGGGUUUGAAGUUGCUUGAGGAACCCAUUUGGAGGACUUAUUGCAAUGGCAGGAAAUGUGGUUAUGCAUAUAAGCAUGAAUGUGGUUCAGAGGAAUGGAAGAUAUUGAAAGCUUUGGAACCUAUUUCAAUGGGUGCUGGUGUGUUGCCAAUGCCGCCAAGUAGUGAGUUUGAAGGUGAACUUAUGUAUAUGAGAACUAAGUAUGAGAGGGUUGUUGGGUCUAAAGACUCUGAAGCUUUCUAUAUGAUGAACCCUGUGGUUGGUAGUGCUGGUCCUGAACUCAGCAUUUACUUGCUUAGAGUUUAACAUUAACAUAGGCACUGUAUGUAUUGGUGUCUCUAUAUCUAUAGGUUUAUGUAAUUUUGAUAAGUGUGCUUUUUGCAUUCAUGAGUAAAGAAAUUGCAUGCAGAGACCAUGGUUUUAAAUACUGUCAUUACAGCUGUGAUUUCAGUUAUGUUGUUGCAAAAACCUCAAAAUUCUUUAUAUUGGAUUUGGGGAUGCAAUUUAAAAAUAUGUAAUUUUGCAGUUUUCUACCCUUUA